GGUAAAUGUUUUGCGAUCGACAGGAGGAUGUGCUGCGAUUGCAAUGCUUGUGGGUCCGGACGCUGCCAUCGUUUUUGACAGGAAAGUGCGGUCCACUUACAUGUCGAACGUCUAUGACUUCUAUAAACCCGAUAUGAGUUCGGAGUACCCGACAGUCGACGGCCCGCUUUCCAACCAAUGCUAUCUCCAGGCACUCGACAAAUGCUUUAAACUAUAUUUCGAAAAAGCAAACAAACUGACAAAAGGCACGUCUCUCGACACCUUUGACGCUAUUGUAUUUCACGCCCCGUAUUGUAAACUCGUCCAGAAGUCCAUCGCACGACUUCAGCUCCUUAAUUAUCUGCAGAGUUCGGACAAUCAAAACAACGAUUCAUUUAAAGCACUGGAAAAUUACAAAAAUGUAAAACUGGAGGAGACGUAUAACGACAGAGAGUUGGAGAAACUUCUGUUGACUCUAAGCAAACGCACGUUUGAGCAGAAAACUGAUCCGAGUCUGAUGUUGGCGCGCACUGUCGGCAACAUGUAUACGGCAUCUCUCUAUGCAUCCAUCACUUCUCUGCUAUUGAGUGAAUCGGCCGAUAGUUUGGCGAACAAAAAGCUGCUGUUAUUUUCAUACGGGUCUGGUUUGGCCGCAUCCAUGUUCUCAGCGAGAGUGACAUCGGAUCAGACGGUACUCUCAAAACUGCUCAAAGGAAUCGCUGAUAUUCCGAACCGAUUGAGUCGUCGAUCGAAAGUGUCGGCCGAAGUGUUUGAAGAAGCGCUGAAUCUUCGAGAGAAGACGCAUAACGUGGCGCCAUAUAAGCCGAUCGGAUCGCUCGACCAGUUAGUCGCCGGAACCUAUUUCUUAACGGCUGUCAGUGAGAAAUACCACCGAAUUUAUGAACGCAUUUCCAGCGAUGAUUAGAAAUAACACAAAAUUUAAUGAAAUAUACAAAGCAUUCAACGAGUGUUUGAUUAAUAGUUUUUUAAUAUAUGAAUGAAAUUUACAUAAAUAGUGAUAUAAAAGAGUUUUUUAUGAUAUAAUUUUUGAGUAUAUAUUAUAUUAUAAUUAUAAACGGUUUUAAUCGUGUUAUUAAUUUAAUUAAAAGACAAAGCAA